CGCCUGUUUAACCGGCAACGAACCUCAGUCUUUCCACAGCGCCUGCUGCUAAACAACAGCUUCCCAGCGAGAAACCCAAAGAAUACAAAUACCUGCACAAUCAAAGAUCGUCACAAUGGUCGAGCACGAGCCUGAGCCGAAGCGUUUCUCUCCCAAGAUUCCUGUCCAGCUUGAUCCCCCAAAAUAUGAUCCCAUAACUGUUGAGGAGCUGUCCAAAUGCGAUGGUACCGAUCCUAACCGUCCCACCUUGGUUGCGAUCAAGGGAAUCGUUUUCGAUGUGACUCGGAAUCAGGCAUACAGCCCUAGUGGACAGUACCACGUCUUUGCUGGGAAGGACCCCUCCCGCGCCCUCGCCUCUUCAUCGCUCAAAGCCGAGGAUUGCAAGCCCGAUUGGUAUGACCUGGAGGACAAGGAGAAGACAGUCCUGGAUGAAUGGUUCACAUUCUUCAGCAAACGCUACAACAUCGUGGGAAAGGUGCAGGAUGCUACGAACUACUAAAGGAGAUGGUUAGCAGCGAUGUUUGGAGAUAAUCAACCUUUCUCUAAUGCAAGAAUUAUACCCGUGGACUCUACUUUUACGCGAGCUACUCCAAUGCAGAUGCGCUUAACAGUGCACCGCCAGAAUCCGAGAAAUGAGCUUGUUGACAGAUAUCAUUAGCUAUUUACUCCAUAUAUAACCC